GAUUAUAUUAUGACCCGGAUACUUACAAUGUUCUGUUCGUAAAAUUAAUGUUUUAUAUUUCCCCUAAACACCCUUGUCCCCUAGUUGCCCACCCCUUCACAGCACCCCUGCCCCCCUCUCCAUUUCGCCGAUUGGCUACAGUAUAAAUUACCACCAAAAGAAAACAUAGCAAACCAAAGAACUCUCAACACCCAUUAUAUUACUAUUAUUACACUAUUAUUCCUUUCUUCAAUAAUCCCCAGAAAUGGCUGAUCAUCAUCUUGACCAUUCAUCAUCUUCUUCUUCUUCAUCACAUAGAAGAGUUUCUGGUGCAGGGCGAAGAGGAAAAGCUUUUCUGUUAUUAAUGGCGUCUUUUGCGACCUCAAUUUUCGUCGCCUUCCAUAUUUCUUCCUCCUCCCACUCUCUCAAUAAUAUUCACCCCGCCCAAACGCGCCUUAGCCUUGUUCAUUAUAAUAAUGUCAGACGAGUGAGAAGACCACCCCUGCAGCCCGGUAACGUGUCGUCCUCUUCGCCGGCGGCCGCGUUUUCCGAUCAUUUCCCCGGGGUUCCCGCGCUGCCGGCGAGUCCGCCGCCGGUCAAUGCCGGCCGGAGGUCAGAUGAAGAUGAUGUAUCAAAAAGAAGUGGGCGGAGAACGGCGGCGGCGGAGGUGUUUCACGAGAAGGACCUCUUUCUCGAAGACUACGCCGAAAUGAACAGUACGUUAAAGAUAUUCGUUUAUCCCCACAAGAGAGACGACCCUUUCGCAAGUGCGCUGUUGCCGGCGGCCGGAGAUCCCGGCGGCAACUACGCCAGCGAGAGUUACUUCAAGAAGUCCAUCUUCAAGAGCCACUUCAUCACCAAAGACCCGAACCAGGCGCAUCUCUUCUUUCUACCCUUCUCCGUCGCCGCCCUGCGAAACGACGGGCGGGUCGGCGUCGGCGGGAUCAAGGGUUUCGUCAAAGGCUACGUGUCCCGCAUCAGCCGCGAGUACCCUUUCUGGAACCGAUCCGGCGGGGCCGAUCAUUUCUACGUCUGCUGCCACUCCGUCGGGAGGUCGGCGACGGAGACGGCGGUGGACGUGAAGUUGAACGCCGUACAGGUGGUUUGCUCCUCCAGCUAUUUCCUGCCGGGGUACAUCGCCCACAAGGACACCUCCGUGCCGCAGAUCUGGCCGCGCCACGGGGAACCGCCGCGCCGUUCGCCGGAGAACCGGACAACCCUAGCCUUCUACGCCGGCGCGUUAAACUCCCGGAUCCGGAGAGAUCUGGUCGGGAUCUGGGAAAACGACGAGGAGAUCUCGGUCCACCGCAGCCGCCUGAAAACGCCGUACGCGGAGGCGCUACUGGGGAGCAAAUUCUGCAUCCACGCGAAGGGGUACGAAGUGAACACUGCCCGGAUCGGCGACGCCAUCUACUACGGCUGUGUGCCGGUGAUACUGGCCGACUUCUACGACCUCCCAUUCGCCGACACCUUGAACUGGGAGAGCUUCUCGGUGGUGGUUGCGACGGCGGAGAUGCGGCGGCUGAAGGAGAUACUGAAAGGGAUAAGCCACGGGGAGUAUGUGAGGCUGCAGAGGAAUGUGAUGAAGGUGCAGAGGCAUUUCCAGUGGCACAAAUUUCCGGUGGAUUUCGAUGCGUUUCAUAUGGUUAUGUAUGAGCUUUGGCUUAGGAGAAGUGUUUUAAGACUUUCUUCUUAUCAUUAGCUUAAAAAGAUUGACUUUAUUUUUUUACAUAAUAGAUUAAAAGGGAAUAUUGUGUGUAUUAUCUUGCCAUCUUACAAAUUAUCACAAGAAAAAUUAUGGAAUUAA